AUGAAAUUCAUAUUAGAAAAGGAAGAGAUAAUUGUUUCAAGUGGUUCAACAAUCACAACUAAAGCAGAUUCUGUAAUAGAGUGUAUCAUGCUGUGUACGAGCGAACAGGGGUGCGAGACUGCAAGCUAUGAUCGUACCACAGAACAAUGCAAAUUAGAUUCCAACUGUAAUCCAGAGACAGGAAAAAAUAAAACUGGAACUCUCGUUCUUAAAAGUCAUGUACCAACUGACUGCUCCAAUAUCCCCCAGGGAAGUAGAAAUGGCGUCUACAAAAUCUUUGUUAACAACAGAUGUAUAGAUGUAUACUGUGAUAUGACAGACGGUGGAUGGACGGUUAUCCAAAGACGACUUGAUCCAGGUAGAUAUCGUUAUCCAAUAAGUUUCAUGAAAGACUGGGCAGCGUAUAAGAAAGGAUUUGGAGAGGUUACUAGAGAAUACUGGCUUGGUGAUUAA